AUGACAGCCAAAGAGCUGAGGAGUGACUCUGCUCCCUUCUCCUCCUCGCUGUCAGGGAAGUCCUCUGGUUUCAAGGCCCUCACAGGCUCGCAGGGCCUGCGUCUGUAUUUAGAGAAUCCAGGGGACUGCAUCUCGUCAGAGAAGCCCAGGCUGCACUACUUCAGCACAGGAGGGCAGAUGGAGUCGAUCCAGUGGCUCCUGGCUGCUGCUGGGCUAGAGUUUGAAGAGAAAUUUGUAGACACUCUGGAAGACUUUCAAAAGUUAAAAAAUGAUGGGAGUUUGAUGUUCCAGCAAGUGCCAACGGUCGAAAUUGAUGGGAUGAAGCUGGUGCAGAGCAGAGCCAUUCUCAACUACAUUGCCACCAAACACAACCUCUAUGGGAAAGACAUCAAGGAGAGAGCCCCGUACGGUAUUUCUCCUGCUCUUUCAUCAACAAUUAAUAGGAACAAUUCAGGUCCUUCACUAAGGGACCAAGACUGUGUCAGGGGGAUCACGACCACCAGCAGUGUGGCCUCGGUGGUAUAG